UCGACAAGCCCUAACCUCGCGUCGGCGGCUAGCCGGAGAUGGAGAUGGAGAUGGGGACGGAGGUGGAGAUGGAGAUCGAUCCCGUCCGCCCGAGCGAAUCCAGGGGAGGAAGACCGGCCGAGGAGCCGGAGGAGGCCCUCCCCUUCGUCUCCCGGAAGAAGGUGAAAGUUCCGGAGAAGAUUGAGACCGUUCUGGCGGAGGAGUUGGAGGCCCUCGAGGAGGAGCUCUCGCACGCCGCCCGGACCGAGCUUGAGGAAAUGAAGCUGAUGAAGAUCAAGGGCAUGGGGCCGCUCGAAAUAUAUGAGGCCUUCCCGAUCGGCCACGGGCGGAAGGUGGAGAAGCCGGAGAAGGGGAAGGCCGUGCACGAAUGGCAAGCGGAGGCGGAGUUGGAGGAAGCGCUCUCCCUCGCUGUCCGGAGUGGGCUGGCGGCUGAGGAGGUGAGGAAGUUGCUCCGCGUCGCUGUCUUGUCCAAUCUAAUGGACUACGAUGUCCACUCUCUGGCCGUCAAGAGCGGGCUCAAGGAUGAGGACGCCGUCUCCCUCGCCAAGAACUUCCUCACCAUGUACAGGAUUGUAUUCAGAGCUCUACACGCUCAGCUCCUUGGAUCCUUCGACAGGCGACGGUUUGAUCCCGAGCUGUGUCAAUGGAAGAGAUUCGGUCGCUUCUUCACCGAGAGGAAGAAAAAGGGUCCCGAGGGGAUCCCCUUCCUUCUCUUCAAGAUCAAGGCGUCCGCCAAGAACGCGAAGGUGACAUGGUGGCGGAAGGAGUACGCCCACUUCCCACCGGAGCGGUCAGGGUACACUGGUGUUCUGCGCUUGGCUCGCCUCGUCAUCGGUAGAGAUGGGUCGCCUCGUCUGGAGGAGGCUGGUGAGGACGGGCAGCCGGGCGCCCUCUCACACGGUAAUGGCAAGUACACGUCGUCUGCUCGCAGAGUGGGCGUCCUCAAAGAUGGCUGGCUCAGUCCGCUUGACGAGGUCGCCGUGGUCAGGAGGUUGCCCGGCGGCGAGGGGAUUUAUAUCAUGUCCUACAUGGAUGGACUUGGUGUUAAGCUUGGUGAAUUUCUGUUUGUGUUACACAUGGCAUGGACCGUCGCCUUGAGUUUCACGGAGCGAGCAUUCUACGUCUCCUCGGAGUUCACGGAGGAGAUGCUCUAUGCUGUUCCUGGUGUUCAUUUUGUAGACAUUACCGUCCCCGUGGAGAAUCUGAUCAAAAAGCUUUACCAGAUGUAUGAGCAGGAGGAGCAAGAUAAGAAGACAAUGCUUGAGAAACAAGAUCCUGUGGAGAUGAUGUGCCAACAGGAGGAGUUGGGGCCAAGAUUGGAGAACGAAGAGAGGAAGAAGGAGGAUCUGCGCAGGAGAAAGGAACAUAAACUCCAGCGCAAAAAUAAAAGGGAGGCAUUUCGUCUUGUAAAGAAGGCAACAAGAAUACAAAACGAACAAAGGCAGAAUGAAGGAUAUGACGAAGAUUGCGUUAGGUGGCUGGAAGAAUCUGAUUGGGUGCUGCCAUUCGAUGAAGUGGCUAAGCCAGGAGAGGCCCAACGAACUUCUUGAGGAGACUAUGAAGCCCGUAGAAGAAAAUGAUCUGCUGAAACUUGGUGAAGGUGGGAUCAGGGGAUUUUUUUAUCGAACAGAAGAAUCAUUGCCGGCAUGACAAAUGUCUAGCAAGAUGGGCAAUACACCACCAGUUCCCUCUAUACCUUCAUCAGCCAUAGGGGGAUUACGCCAAUUUUCAUACCUUCAGUCUGGACUCUGGUGGUUCCUCCCAGGGAUUCAUAUUAACUGUGAAUUCUGCAAUGAACUCGAAUCUAUUUCUCAUCUGUGAUGAAUUCCAUCUGUGCUGCUGUUCUUUGGAGCAUUUGAAAAACCAGAAAUGCUAUGAUUUUUGACAACCAGACUUGGCUAUGUGUGAAACAGGUUUGAUGGCUGAUCCUGAAAACAGUGAGAAAAUGACGACUUAUCUUCAGGGUGGACAUGCUGGUGAAGAUGGAUCUAUUCGCGCAGCAUGUCUCGGCAAUUCUGCGUGCACCUGUAGCUCUCCCAUGGGUAUGAAGCUGGUCCCAGUUACUCCGGCCACUGAUCUGCAGUGGAGCGGUGAUCAGCACGUUCCAUGCCAACCUGCUGGUAACCUGAGGAUGACGACCUCUCCCAUCACACCUGGCUGGUGCAGCGCCUGGGCGCAGCUUCCGCAUCAGAAAGGAGUGUUGCUACCAGCUGAAGUCACAAGGGCCAAGCUCCAUCAAAUCUGUGAGAUCUACAGGCUCAUCCGCUGAUUGUUUUGGGUCCUGAGCUGAUGAGUUUGUAAUGUUAUUUUUCUGAGAGUUGCUCGUUUCCCAGAUUAGGUUUUCCUGAACUUUUAGUUUAUGUUCUCCUGUCUUUUGUCUCGAAUAUGUCUAGAAC